AUGAUCAAAUGCUCUCACUUGAAGUAUAAAACCAGAAAUAUAAACCACAGCUUCUCAACUCGCCAUCUCUUGCUUCAUUGUAAAUUUCAAGCAGCGACAGGCACACCAAAAAAACAACAUUCAAAGCGACAUACAAUGAAAUUGACAGUUUUCAGUUCUCAAUCUUAUGAUAAGAAUACCAUUUUGGAGGCCAACAAACAGUAUAACCACAAUAUUGUUUUUUUGAAUGAGGCGCUGAGUAAGGAUACCGCAGCUAUGGCAAAAGGCUGCGAUGCUGUGUGUGUUUUCGUCAAUGAUAAUGUAGAUUCCGAAACUAUAUCGACUCUCAAGGAUCAGAAUGUCAAAUUGAUUACUUUGCGUUGUGCUGGUUUUAAUAAUAUCGACUUAGCAGCUGCGAAGAAGAACAACAUUGCGGUAGCUCGAGUUCCAGCUUAUUCGCCCUAUGCUGUUGCUGAGUACACAGUGGGAUUGUUGCUUGCCGUCAAUAGGAAAAUCAACCGUGCUUGGAUGAGAGUGAGAUUGGACAACUUUAGUCUCGAGGGCCUAUUAGGAAGAGAUCUUCAUGGCAAAGUAGUUGGAAUUGUUGGCACCGGCCGCAUUGGCUCCCUUGUCGCCAAAGCCUUCAAGCAAGGUUUUGGUUGUAAAGUCGUAGCUUCAGACGUUAAAAAGAAUCCUGAAGUUGAAAAGAUGGGGAUUCCCUACCUAAAAUUUGAAGAUCUUUUGAAGGAGUCGGAUAUCGUGUGCUUACAUUGCCCUAUGACCGAGGAAACACAUCACAUCACCAACAAGAAGACUAUCAAGCUGUUCAAAAAGGGCGCCAUCCUUGUCAACACUAGUAGAGGAGGCCUGACCGAUCCUGAAGCCUUAGUGGAGGCCAUUGAAAAUGAGUACCUCGGGGCUUUGGCGAUGGAUGUUUAUGAGGAUGAGAAGGACCUAUUCUUCAGGAAUCUCUCAAACUAUAUUGUUAAAGACGCCUUGUUCCAGAGAUUGACCGCUUUCCCCAAUGUUCUCUGUACUGGGCAUCAGGCUUUUUUCACUUCGGAAGCUCUCAAUGCUAUUGCCAACACAACGUUGUAG